UACGCUCCUCAUCAUCCUUCAUCAUUCAUGUAUCUUGUGUCCGUUCUAGGCAAUCACACAGGAUACAAAAGUCUGGAGUAAUCCUGAAUCAUUUGUAAAAUCAAGAUCAGGAUCAAAACCUGAGAACUAAACAAACGGUCUUCGUGCUAUGACUUUUCUUUAGUUUGAUUUAGGUUUUAUCUGUCUCGUAUUUCAUUUAUUCGUGAUGUCCAUCGAGGAAGAGGAGGAUGCCAGCCUAAAGGAACUUGUUACCAAGACUUUGCAGACGAACGGAGUCCUGGGCAAGAUUCAGGCACAACUUCGCGCAAGUGUUUUCUUGGCACUGGAGGAAGAAUUUAGUGAUAAGGGCAUCCCAUUGGUCAGCCCACCAACACAGCAAGUCUUAGGCACACAUGAAGGGACUGUUGCUGCCUGUCUUGUGCAGGACUUUCUUCAGUGCCUUGGCCUGGAUUUCUCACUGGCAGUCUUCACUCCAGAGUCUGGUCACCCAUCCCUAUGGUCCUUCCCUGGCUCAGAGGCUCUGUCUUCUUCCCUUGGUUUAGCCUCUGGAAGAGAAAGAAGGGGCUCUAAUGAUGACAAAGGUCAUAGAAUUCCUCUUUUAAUUGAGCUUCUGAGAGAGAGGGAAAUUCUACCUUUAACCACCCAGGAGCAAAAUGGGGAAGCAAGCAGCAUAUCAAGUAACAGCAGUAAUUGCAGUAGGGAACAAGAUUCAGUGCAGCAAAAGAAACCACUACAGGACGGAGCCAGCCAUUCCCCAGACCAUCCACAGAGAGCUCCUGAGAACCAUUUGUGGACAAAGAAGGAUGCUGAAGAGAGGCAUAGAGAAGGAGACAUCCAGGCAUCACCCAUCCUCCUUCCCUUGACUCUUGAAAAUGGAAGAAAGAGAAAUGAAAUUAUUUUAGAAUCAGAGAAGACUGUUGGAAUGUUAGACCCCACUCCACCACAUGAGAGUAAGCCAGACAGUGAUACCUCGAUCAAUGGUGAGGAUAAACACUAUGAGGAUGAUUUCUCUUCCUUGAGUGAGAAAGAUGGUCAUGAUGAAGAGGAUGAUGAAGAGGAAGUGGAGGAAGAAGUUGAGGAAGACAUUGAAGAAGAUUUAGGGGACAUCUCUGCAGAUGAUCUGUUGAACUCAUCAGCCUCAGGGGUUUCAGAUCUCACACAAGACCAGUCCCUUUCCCAGGCCAGCACUGCUCCAGCUUACCAAGAGGACAUUUAGUACUUUUGAUGUUUCUUUCUAUCUUUUCCCCUUUUCUUUCUAAAAACAAAUUUAGUUUCUUUAUCCUUUAGUAGAAGAGAAGUAAUUUCACUAAUGUGCCAGUGUCAUUCCAUUCCUUAGUCCAUAUUGUUACAUAGAAGUAAUGUGUACUCACACAAAUCAAAAUUAACAUGUAAUGUGAAAGAAUUAUUUUUUCUCAAUAACUCAUGGGUGCUGUCAGAAAUUUUUUAUCCAUGUGUAGGUAUCAUUAUGUUGAGAUAUAUGGUAGAUUGUUGUCAUCCACUUAUAUGUAAUAGGUGCUUAAAAUGUGAUGAGUGCAGCAGCAAGACUUAAUUUUAGAAUUCUGAAGCAGAUGUUCUAUUCAAAAUCUUACCACAAUCUCAGAACCCACAUAUCAUACCAUGGCAAUAAAAAGAUUUGCUGCCACAACAAGCAGCUAUUAUGCAAUACCACUGUUUUUUUUUUUGAGUCAGACUGAACUGAUUCCAUCCAUCACCACACAACUACAGUUCCUCACACACUCAGCUGCACUACAGCAGCUGAUGUACGCCUUAAAACCAUCCCUCCCUGCCACCCGUCCAUGUGCGAGAGUCUACUGAAGGUGCUGUAUUACUGUAGCAUGUCUUUGUUUGCUGCUGCAAAUUAUAAAACAUGCUUGAGAAAGCUAAUCAGUCACACAGUGAAGCUCUCCAUUUACAUAUAAAAUCAAGAUGACUGUAACUCAGAAUUAAGGUAGUAUGUAAGUCUUUGAAAUGAAUAAAUGUUUUAACAACUUCA